AGCCCCCUAGUGUACACAGCGUGAAGAACUAUCCUUACCUAACAAGUUAUCUCCCGUAAUAGCCACGUUACUAGAGCAACAAACUUUCCACGUCCAAUCCCGUUCUUUCUCCAUCGUAAAUCCGACCAACAAAUAUAACCUCAAGAGUUUCAAUUUUCUUUUCUUGCCAAAUACAUUUUCCCGAGAAAAUUCAUUUUAACAAAAAAAAAAAAAAACUAAAGAAUCAUUCCAUGAACGAAACCUGCAGUUGGCGUUGAGUUUAGGAUGAUGAGGUCGGCCCGUGAUCUGCUCUUGAAAUUACGAUCUUCUUCGAUUCCUCAUGGACCAACAACAACAACAACAACAGCUUCCUGCUCUCUCUUCUUCUUCUUCAGCGGUAGCGAAAGUCGUCGAUCCAGAAAAGGUCAAAGUCAUCGAAUGGGAAGAUUUCGGGCAAGAACUCGCCCGAUUAUGGAGCCUCUCUACCGCACUCCAGCAAGCUAAGGACAAAAAGCUAGGUCUUCAAGACAAGCUCAACUUUCUUAUUCAGAUUAAGGCUGAGUCACUGAACCGAGCAAAUGAGCUUGAGGAGAUGCAGGAGAAACUGGAGGUUAGAAGAGUUGUGAUGGAAAAAAUGUCAUUGCAUUCUAAGGUUGCUGAGGAUGAUGCUAAACAGCAGGAGGAAAGACUUGGUAUGGAAGUUAGGUCUCUAUUAGUGGCUGGGACAGCUCUUUCUGUUUCUAGGACACGAUUGCAGGAAUCUAAUAAGUUACUUUCUGGAGAAAAGGGUUGUGGGCAUCUUCAAAAUUUGAAUAAGAUGUUACGAUUGAGACAACAAUUUAUGAUUCAUCAAGUAUCUUUGCUCUAUCCAGUAAAGAUCUUGGUUGGACCAAAACAAGAGCAAGAACUUGAAUCAUUCCCAAGCGGUAGCAGAUCAGGGAAUGCUGCCAGAUCUAAAUCUAUUAAUCCAGGAUCCUUAACAAUCUUAGGCCUGCAUUUGACUAUGCUUCCUUUUACAAAGAUGAGUCUUUUUACUGAUAAGAAGGACGUUCAGAGGUCUGCAACUGCCUUGGGAUAUAUUGCACAUGCUGUUUCACUUAUAGCUUCAUAUUUGCAAGUUCCACUGCGUUAUCCUCUACGCUUGGGUGGUUCUCACUCAUAUAUAAAUGAUUAUGCACCUUUGAUAGAGCCUUCAUCAUCUGAUUUGUCACUGAGCACACUGUCCUCAAAUACAAAGCCUGUAGAAUUUCCUCUCUUUUUAGAUGGUCAAGACACAACAAGAGCAGCUUAUGCUGUAUUCUUGUUAAAUAAGGAUGUAGAGCAGCUAUUGAAUUUCAUUUGUGUAAAGAGUUUAGGACCACGCCAUCUUCUGGCUAAUUUGAAGGAGCUUUUAAGGACCAUACAUUCUGCUGAAUAUACAUUCAACUGGUAUUGACUGUAAGUUUGAAACAUUUUUGUAAGUAUUCAACUGUAUUCUUGCAUGGGUGCAAAUUUUUUGUGAGCACCUUCAAUGCAGCAUAACAUCUGAUUUUUAUAAAAUUUUCUCAUUAUCCA